AUGGCUAAUUACUGUCUAAUAAUACUGAAGAUAAUCCUAAUUAUACUGAACCUAAUGGUAAUCAUUCCGCUGUCAUUCGCGUUGACAUCGACACAGCUGUUCAGUCUGGAGAUUGCGGCGAUAUUUGUGCUGAUUUCGGCCAAUUAUGUGAUCGCCAUCAUUGGUGUGGUUAACGAGCAUUUGAUCACAAUUAUUGUGACCAAUUGUGUCACAACAAUCAUACUGUUUAUCGAGUUAUUGAAAUUAUAUCCCACUUUUGUAUUCUACUAUUUUGUCUUUUUGAUGAUCUUCUCGUUCAUAUACAUCACAACCAUCAUUAUCUGCCGCACCUAUUACUCCCUGUCCAGUCAACGCCGCACUUCCGCCACAAUGGUUGUGGUGUAUCGGCCGCCGCAUCCGCCGCCGCCCCACUACUCGAUGCCCAUCUAUGAGCCCACUAUAGACUCGUUAGCAAUCGAUGAGAACAAGUCUUUGCCGCCGCCCUAUCAAGAAGACAGACCCCCUCUCUAUGAGGACUGUAUCGAGAAUUAUUGA